GAAAAGAGGUCUUCGUUGAUAUCUCAUUUCUAAGUCCAGUGUAAACAGCAGAGUAUCAGUGUCCAGGGGAGCAGCCACAUCAAUGAUUGUUAAACUGAACAAAAUGAAGUCUCUGUAUGUACUGAUCUUCAUUUUAAGCGGCAAAGUUGUGGUUGGACAGCGGAGUCCUCUGAAUGACUACCACCGUUCCAAGGGAGUGCAGCUUCAGUUUGGAUCGAUUCGCAUAGAGGCGGUACCUAUGUCAGAGGAACAAUGUGCAGGCCAGUGUACCAGUGAGCUUCAGUGCAGGUCCUUUAAUUAUGACUUGCAGAACAAGGAGUGUCAACUUCUGCCCUGGACCAGUCACACUGCAAGCACAGAGCGAAAAAGACACAUCCAUGUUGAUCUGUACGAGAAGAAAGAUUAUAUGCGAGAAUGCAUUGUGAACAAGGGAGUCUCAUACAGGGGCACUGUCUCUAGGACCAAAAGUGGGAAACCUUGCCAGCACUGGAGCUCCAAUGUCCCUCACGAGCACAGAAACUCGCCCAGUCAAUUCCCAGAGAAAGGCUUGGAUCUUAAUUACUGCCGCAACCCUGACAAUGAUUUGGCUGGCCCCUGGUGCUACACUAUGGACUGGAACACUCGACUGGAGGACUGUGGCAUCUCAAGAUGUGACCAGGAUGUUUGUGUGAUGUGCAACGGUGAGGAUUACGCUGGCUUCAUGGAUCACACAGCAAGUGGACGAGAGUGUCAACGCUGGGAUCUCAAUUAUCCUCAUGAACACAAGUACCAGCCAGAGAAGUAUCCUGAAAAGAACUUGGAUGACAAUUACUGUCGGAAUCCCGAUGGCUCACCCUUACCCUGGUGUUAUACAACUGACCCUGCCGUGGAGCGUGAAUACUGCAACAUACAGAAGUGCAGUAAGACUCACAAGCUGAAAGAUGUGGAAAUCACAAAAAGCUGUUUCAAACAUCAUGGAAUAGGAUACCGAGGGAGGGUGAACCAAACCACUUCCAGAACCCCCUGCCAGCGUUGGGACGCACAAUUCCCACAUGCACAUGAAUUCACACCAGAAAAUUAUCAGUGCAAAGGGCUACAGGAGAAUUACUGUCGGAAUCCUGAUGGGUCAGAAGCCCCAUGGUGUUUCACAACUGAUCCCAGAGUCAGGACGGCAUUUUGUCUGCAGAUCAAACGCUGUGAGGAUGAUAUUGAACCUGAGGACUGCUAUAAUGGAAAUGGGACAACCUAUCGAGGAUUAGUCAAUAAAACAAGAAAGGGGAUUUCAUGUCAAAGGUGGACCUCAAAUAGACCUCACACCCCACGAGUCACUCCUCAGACACAUCCUAAUGCUGGUCUCGAGAAAAACUACUGUCGAAAUCCUGAUGGGGACAGUCAUGGACCUUGGUGUUACACUUUGGAUCCCAAAGUGCAGUGGGAUUACUGUGCCAUCAGUACUUGCAAAGGGAAUGAUAUCUCAGGAGAGCGGGAAGAUCCAGAUUCAGUUGAAUUUGACUCAUGUGGUAAACGGGUUGACCGGAUAUUUCAGACAAAAAGUCGGAUUCUAAGAGGCCAACCUGGAAACUCUCCUUGGACUGUCAGUCUUCACACCAGGGAAGGGAGUCAUUUUUGUGGUGGGACUCUUGUAAGCAGGAAUUGGAUCAUCAGCUCAAAGCAAUGUUUUCCCUCCUGUUACACUGAGUUCAGGGGCUAUACAGCCUGGAUGGGAACUAUCCUGAAAAAUCCCGGGCCUAAUGACCCAGACAAACAAGUAAUUUCCAUACAGAGGGCUGUCUGUGGACCAAAAGGAUCUAAUUUGAUCAUGUUGGAGUUGGAAAGCGCAGUUGUCUUAAACAGCCGAGUUGCUGUGAUCUGUCUGCCCCCUCAACGGUACAUUGUUCCUGAAGGGACCCAAUGUGAGAUAGCAGGAUGGGGUGAGACGCAAGGCACAGGCAAUGAUGAUGUUCUAAGUAUCUUGAAAAUGCCAGUAAUCAGUAACAAGGAAUGCAAUAAGUACUACGGAGGCCGCGUGGCUGAGAGAGAGAUCUGUGCUAGAACUGUUAUACGGGGAGCUGGAGCUUGUGAGCGUGAUUAUGGUGGGCCCCUUGCCUGCUUCACCAAUGACUGCUGGGUACUUGAAGGAGUCAUUAUUCCAGGCCGUGGGUGUGGUCGGCUAAGUCAUCCUGGGAUCUUUAUCAGAGUUUCAAUGUAUGUAAACUGGAUAAAAAAAGUCAUGGAGCUGUAAGGCUUUAGGUCAUGCUUACAAUGGAAGAUGCCAAAACCAGCAUCUACCCUGAUAUUACCACAUUGUCUCCACUACCCAGCAUUCCAUCAAUGCAUUGUUAAUGACAAUAAUCAGCUUUAACUAUUUUGCAGUUAAAAACUAAAAUGCAACUUGAUAGUUGAACCUCAUCAUGUUCAGAAGAACUUGCUGUUCAAUAGAUCUAUUAUUUUGGAGGAUGUAUAAUUAAGUAAUGAAUCAAUUAAUUUAUGUGUGAUACUUGUUCAAUGAGAGAUUUUCAAUAAUUACCGCUUUGCAAGAACAAAUAUAAAGAUACAAAAAAGCUAACUAGAUUUAAGUAAAAGAAUCAUUACUGCAUAACAGGUUAUUCAGCUCAUCAUACUGACGCCAGGGUUUUUGUCAGAGUAGUUGCAAUUUGUCUCUUUCCACAGUUCUUUUCUUGCUCUUUAUAUUUUUAAGCUUUCAAAUACAUAUCCAGUUUAUUUUGAAAGCCAUGAUUGAAUCUGCUUCCAUAUCCAUUCAAGCAGUGACUUGUUUCACCAAAAAGGAGGCACGAGGAAAAAGUUUUUUUUUAACUAAGUGAUUUAAAUCUGCGCCGUCAGGUUAUCAACCCUUCGGCAAUAGGAACACCACCCCUUCACUCUGUUUGAAACUUGCAUGAUAUUGAAUACUUAUAUUCAAAUUAUAUCUUGAUCUUCUUUAGUCUACGCAGAACACCCCAAAGCUUCUCCAGUCUGUCAGACCCGAAUAAUUCUAGUAAAUCACUUGUGCACCCUUUUAGUGGAUACUGCCCAGAAAUGAACACCAGUUUGUGGCUGAACUGGUUUUAUAGUUUCUCCAACACAACUUGCUUGCUUUUGUUUUCUAUUUAUAACCCUAUGAUCCUGCAUGCUUUUCUGACUUUCUCAAAAUAUCCUGAAAACUUCAUUUAUUUUAUGCAUGCAUAAUUUCAGAUUUGUUUAAUAAUAUGAGUCACACAACGUUCUAGUUAUCCCUGGGAUUGCUCAUGACAGUUCUUAUGAUACAUUGUAAAAACUGCUAUUUUGGUACACAUCAUUAUUUGAAAUCGUUGAUAUUUAAUCUUUCAUGUUGUUACAGUUUAAUCAGACUGUACUCAAACAAAUACAGUGUUUCUUGGAAUAAUGUACCUUAUUUUGUUCAUUGCAUUUAAAAUUUAAUUGUUUAAUUUCCAAGCAUCUUUGAAACACUGAGGUUUUGUUAUUAAACCUACUGCAGAUGAUGUAAUUAUAAUGAUGAAUUAUUUAAGUAUACCUUUUAUUUGCACACAUGAUAAUCGCUAACAUACACUCAAAAAUAAAUAUUCAGCCAGUCCAUUUUGCAGCUACUUGGAUGUCCUGGAUCAACAUAAUCUGCUUUGUAUAUUGAUUGGCACAGUGAAUAAAUAUUGGACUACACCAUGCUUGUUCAACAUUAAAUUCAUUAUUGCA